AUGUUAACUAAGAAGAGAAAGCUUCCGGAACAUGAAACAAUAGUACUAUCUGAAGAAUGGAGCGCGAUCAUCCAGCACAGGAUCCCUCCUAAACUUAAAGAUCCAGGGAGUUUUACUCUACCUUGCUCGAUAGGAGAUUUAAAUGAUAUAAAUUUUUUAAUUGAUUCAGGAGCGAGUAUUAAUUUGAUUUCCUUACCUCUUUACAGGAAACUGGGAUUAGGAGAUCCUAAGGCAGCAUCUAUUAUCCUUCAGUUGGCGGAAAGAUCAUUGAAACACCCCUACAGAAUAGUCGAAGACAUGCUUAUCAAGGUGGGGGUGUUUAUUUUUCCAACUGACUUCAUCAUCCUUGACAUAGAAGAGGCAUAUCAGAUGGCAAUAAUCUUGGGAAGACCAUUUUUUUCUACAAGUCGAGCCUUGCUGGAUUUUGAUGCUGAUGAGAUAGUCUUGAGGGUAGAGGAUAAGCAACAGAGUUUCACCAUGGAGAAUCCAAUCAAGCAACCAUCUUACUUUGAGGAUUGCCAACGAGAAUAUGACGUCAUGGAACACUCAAACCAACAUCGACCAAGGGGAGAGCAUGAUGAGAAAGAUUGUCUAGCCGUCACCUACAUAUCUUCCAUGUUCAAUAGAAAAUUUUGA